GAUCUGCCUGGCUGGACAAUCAUUCACGUGAAGGCCGACCCGUCAUCUCGCCAAACGUUUUCCUGGCUGAUACGUUUACUUUUCUUCGUCAAAUUCCGGUUUCUGGUGUUUAAAUUCUUAGUGCAACCAAACAAUUAAAUCAGAGAUGUCAGUAUAUCUGCUACUUGGCGGACUUCUUCUUCUACCUGUCAGCGAGCAACAACUUCACGAUCAAAUUCUUCAUCAGCAAUCAGAUGUAAUUAGUUUCAAUCAGCAAAGACGGUCAGCCCCGCAGGUCGUUCCAUUCACAUUUCCCAGUCCCUCGACUGGCUCAUCCUUUUCCCAACCGCUGCCUUCUUUCCCCCAACAACAGUUUGACAACUUACAGUUUGCGCCCCCAGUUUCGUUGUUGGCGAGCAGAGAAUCGUUAUCACGGAAUCAAAGUCAGCCUCUCCAGCAGCCUCAGAAUAACAACAACAAUGGCUUCAGCAUCCCGACGGCCAUGCUUUCGCUAGCGCUGGACAUGGGCCGAUGCAAAGGCAAUGCCGAAAAUGAUUGCGCCACCAAUACCGUCUUUUCGCCGCUGAGUAUCGCCUCUACGCUCACUAUGCUUCUUAUGGGUUCAAGCGGUAACAGUUAUAACCAACUCCGAACUGCUCUUGGUUACCACGACAACGCCAAUGACUUGGAUAUUAAUGGAGCCUACAAAUUCUUGAUGGACCGAGCCAAGAGAUUGGAUGUCGAUGCUGGAUCUUCCAUCUUGUUCAAUAUCGCCAAUGGUUUGUUCAGCCAGAAGCAAUCACGAUUCACGGACGACUACAUCAACAAAGCUAAAGAAUAUUACCAUAGUGAAGUGAGUGAACUGGAUAUUAUCCGCAAUCCCUACGGUUCCGCUAAUAUAAUCAACAAGUGGGUGUCAGACAAGACCAAGGGAAAGAUCACCAACAUAUUGGCCAGCUUGCCACCAGACACGCAAUUGGUUGUGGCGAAUGCCGUCUACUUCAAUGCCAACUGGGCUGAUCCGUUCGCACCCGACUUGACUCGCAGAGAAGACUUCUACAUUUCUCCAUCGGAGAUCCUAUCCCCACUGACUAUGCGAACUCAUUCUCUAGUGGCCUACGUCGAAAGCGAAGAAUUAGGAUGCAAGAUGAUCGGCAUGCCCUAUAAGGGCGAAGAACUUGGUAUGUUCAUCCUUUUGCCGCUGGAGAAACAAGGUCUGGCUUCAUUGAAUCGUCUGGAAAACAAGUUAACAGUUGAGAAACUGGAACAACUGUUCUCGCGCAUGGAGGCCAAAACAGUGUCCAUUUCUUUACCUAAAUUUCGUAUCCAGAAAAAGCUCGAGCUCAAGAACGCAUUACGAGGUCUGGGGGUGACGGAUCUCUUUUCACCCAGCUCGGCUGAUUUGAGUCGCAUGACAACUAAAAGCGGAGUGGCUUUGGACAACAUAAUUCAUCAGACGUUCAUCGAAGUGACGGAAAGCGGCACCGAAGCCGCUGCAGCAACAGUGCUUAAUCUGAGCCGCGAUGGUCCUUCAAAAUCAUUCGUGGCUAACCAACCUUUCCUGUUUUUCAUUCGCGAUAUUCAUUCCAAGGCCAUUUUGUUCUUCGGCCGUGUCGUCCGGCCCGGCGAAACAACCCGCACAUGGAAAUAACCGCAUAAUAUUCCCCGUAAUCUAAAGAAUAACAGUUUGAAAAUUGAAAUUUGUUUACCGUUAAAUCAUGAAUGUACUCAUUAAUCGUGACGAGUGAAUACAGAAAACAA